AUGAAGUUCAUCAUUGCUACUUUCGCUCUCGUGGCUACUGCCAUCGCUGCCCCACCUCAGGUCCAGGGUUCUGGUGAGGAGAAAGCCUGCAAGAAUAACGAGACUGUUGUUUGCAAGGAUAACGGCAGCGCCUCUCUUCUGAGUUUGGGCAACAUUGCUACGGGUGCUCUGGGUUCAAGCUGCUCGAAUGGUAACUUUUACUGCUGCUCCGAAGACGAUGUCAAGGAUUUCAAGAUUGGCCUCGUGAACCUGGACGUGGACGUGUCAUGCAGUCUCAACGACAUUCUGUAG